GAAAAUAUCUUAGUUAACCGACCAAGAAGAUCUUUUAUUCAUAAAAAAUGCCAAGUACGGUCGUAGUCAAUACAACGCCUUACGAAGGCCAAAAGCCGGGAACAAGUGGUUUACGUAAAAAAGUUAAAGUUUUUCUUCAAGAAAACUAUACGGAAAACUUCAUUCAGAGCAUUUUGGACGCUAAUAAAGACUCCAUAGUCGGUUCUACUUUGGUGGUAGGCGGCGACGGCCGAUAUUUACUGAAGGAGGUAGUGCAGAAAAUAAUUAAAAUCUCGGCCGCUAAUGGAGUAGCAAAGUUAUUGGUUGGCCAGCAUGGUAUACUGUCAACACCAGCUGUGUCCUGCAUCAUCAGAAAAUAUAAAACUCUCGGUGGCAUCGUCCUCACGGCGUCGCAUAACCCGGGCGGCAUCAACAACGACUUUGGCAUCAAGUUCAAUUGCAGUAACGGCGGUCCAGCACCCGACAAUACCACCAAUGAGAUUUACAAGCUGACCACUGAGAUUAAACAGUACAAGAUCGUGCCUGAUAUUGACUGCCCUAUUGAUAAACUUGGCGUUUACGAUUUCACUGUUGACGACCGCACGUUUACAGUGGUAAUAAUAGACUCUGUUAAUGACUAUGUCACCUAUAUGAAGGAGAUCUUUGAAUUUCCCAAGAUCAAAGCUCUUAUUCAGGGCUCGGAUCAGAGAAAACCUUUUAAUGUUCUUAUAGAUUCUAUGCAUGGAGUAACUGGGCCAUAUGUAAAACGGAUAUUCCUCGAAGAGCUAGGCGCUACCGAAAGCAACGUAUCCCGUAUAAAUCCGCUGGAAGACUUCGGCGGGGCACAUCCCGAUCCCAAUCUUACUUACGCCGCUGAUUUGGUAAACGCAGUCAAGAAAGGUGAUUUCGAUUUUGGCGCUGCUUUUGACGGCGAUGGUGACCGCAACAUGAUAAUCGGUCGCGACGCGUUUUUCGUGACGCCAUCGGACUCUCUCGCGGUUCUGGCCAACAACCUGCACCACAUACCGUACUUCCAGAGGACAGGGAUCCACGGCUAUGCACGAAGCAUGCCAACCGCGGCUGCUGUUGAUAGAGUCGCUAAGAAGAACGGGAAGGAGAUCUUUGAAGUUCCUACUGGGUGGAAAUACUUCGGCAACCUGAUGGACGCGGGUCGCCUUUCCCUUUGUGGGGAAGAAAGCUUCGGCACAGGUUCGGACCACGUCAGGGAGAAGGAUGGGGUUUGGGCCGUGCUGGCCUGGCUGUCUGUUGUCGCCGCUACUGGCCGGUCCGUUCAGGAGAUCUUAGAGCAACACUGGCAGGAGUUUGGCAGGAAUUACUUUACCAGGUAUGAUUAUGAAGAAUGCGCUAGCGCCCCGUGCAACGAGAUGAUGACGUACCUCGAGAAGAAGAUCACAGAAACGGGCUUCGUCGGCUCUGUGCAUACUAGUGGCGGGAAGACAUACGUUGUUAAACUUGCUGAUAACUUCUCGUACAUGGACCCCAUUGACCAGAGUGUUGCUAUGAAACAGGGCCUGCGUAUCAUUUUCGAAGAUGGUUCCAGGAUUGUAAUGCGUCUGAGUGGCACCGGGAGCUCUGGAGCAACAGUCAGAUUAUACAUCGACUCAUACGAAGCAAGCAACGUGACGGGCGAUGCCCAAGUAAUGCUCAAACCCCUCAUCGAUGUUGCUCUGGACAUCUCCAAGCUCCAGGCAUAUACAGGCAGGGACGCGCCCACUGUUAUCACGUAAAACUGUUUAGUUCAAAGUCUACUUAUACAGGGUGAAACAAAAACAUUUGGCAAACACUUUAGGUGUCGGGGUCGAUUCAAACCACGUUUACACCGCCCUUAAGUAUUCAAAUAAAAAUAUUGGUACUUUGAAUCUUAUAUACUUUGUUUUUUUAGCAUUAAAUAGAAGGAAAUUUUAAGUAUUUUAAUAAGUAUAUGGCCUAAACCACUUUGUAAGCUUCAAACAAAAAAGUGUGUACAUAAGCAAGCUUAUUAAAUAAAGUACAACGUUUUAACGUUUUUAAUUUAAAAAGAAGUUUUUCCAUUUUAUUUUUCUUUCUAACUUUAUACUCAAUCUAUUCAAAAAUCCGUUACAAAUUAGGAACGAAACCAUUAUAUAUAGUUUUAAGUAAUUAAGUUCAUAAGUUGUCACUUCCGUAUGUGCUCCGUAAUUUUUCUUAUUAACAGUUUUAUUUCUUAAACCUCUUACAGUGCUAAAAUAUCAACAAGACUACAAAAAACUUAAAGAAACCGAGGUUCUAAACACUUCAUUUUAUAAAAUAAUAACAUAUUAUUGUGUCAUUAGUCGUCAAUCCUCACGAUGUUUCCUUUUAUUGUAAUUUGUUUUCUAAUGAAAAAGGUUUAGAAUCACUGCUUCUUUGUUUACGCUUUUCUAAUUU